CUCUAUCCCAUUGUCUUGACAUUCAAAGCAAUUCGCUAUCCUACGUUGCACGGAUCUUCGAAAAUAUGGCGGUGUUGAAGGUUGUGCGUACGUAUAGAUAGCUAUUUGUUGUUGUUAGCCAGCUUGCUAACGUCAGCUGAUAAAUAUUGUUUCACAUGUAAGAAACAGUCUCUUUAGACUUUUAUCUCAGGCUACACAACAAAGUGAGCUAAAUCCACCGUUGUUAGUGCAGAAUUACUUUUAGCAAGUGUUUCCUGUUGCUAGCUACUUGACUUAUCCAGUUACAGGUCUCUCAAAGUGUGUUCGUCACACUUGUUCUCCAAUGCUGAGGACAAUUUCAACCUCAACACUACUCUGCCAAGGUAUUCCAGGAUCUGUAUGGAAACUGGGAAGGCUAAAUCACAUCGCUAUUGCUGUACCAGACAUGGAGAAAGCCACUGCUCUUUACAGAGAUGUACUGGGGGCUCAGGUCAGCGAUAAAGUUCCCCUUCCUGAGCAUGGAGUCUACACUGUCUUUGUGGAGCUGGGUAACACAAAGCUGGAACUGCUGCACCCACUCGGGGAGAAGAGCCCCAUUGCAGGCUUCCUACAGAAGAACACAUCUGGUGGGAUGCACCAUAUCUGCAUUGAGGUUGAUGAUAUCAGUGCAGCGAUAGUGGAUCUGAAGGCUAGGAACAUAAGAACCCUGUCAGCUGAACCACGGAUAGGCGCUCAUGGGAAACCUGUCAUGUUCCUCCACCCAAAAGACUGUGAUGGAGUACUUGUGGAACUGGAGCAAGCCUGAAUACCCACAGGUCUCAUAAACUCUGUAGUUCACAAUUA